UAAACACACACCCUUUUCUCAAUUUUCAUCACUAAAGAAUCUCUGCUCUCUCUCACUCUCUUUUCUCUCUCAAAGAAAAAUCCUCACAAGUUGUCAUGGCAACAAUGGCAGUGCUCUCAUUUCUACUAUUUUUUCUAGCUCCAACUCUCAUUUCCUCUUCCCCAGUAGUUGAAGACCCUGAACUCGUAGUACAAGAAGUACACAAGAGCCUUAAUGAGUCUAGAAGGAAUUUAGGCUUUUUAUCUUGUGGAACAGGUAACCCCAUUGAUGACUGUUGGAGAUGUGACCCCAAUUGGGAGAAGAACCGCAAGAGACUAGCUGAUUGCGCCAUUGGGUUUGGAAAACACGCCAUUGGUGGCCGAGAUGGGAAGAUAUAUGUGGUGACUGACCCCAGUGACCACCCUGUGAGCCCCAAGCCAGGCACACUCAGGUAUGGUGCCAUCCAAGAUGAGCCAUUGUGGAUCAUUUUCAAACGUGACAUGGUGAUCAAGCUCAAACAAGAGCUCAUGGUCAACUCAUUCAAGACCAUUGAUGGGAGAGGAGCCAGUGUUCACAUUGCUGGUGGACCAUGCAUCACCAUUCAGUUUGUGACAAACAUUAUCAUCCAUGGUCUCAACAUUCAUGACUGUAAACAAGGUGGUAAUGCCUAUGUUAGAGACUCUCCUAGCCAUUAUGGGUGGAGGACUUUGUCUGAUGGAGAUGGGGUUUCGAUUUUUGGUGGUAGCCAUAUUUGGGUUGACCAUAAUUCUCUCUCCAAUUGCCGUGAUGGCCUCAUUGAUGCCAUUCAUGGAUCCACAGCCAUUACUAUCUCUAGUAAUUACAUGACACAUCAUAACAAGGUCAUGCUCUUGGGCCACAGUGAUAGUUACAAACAAGACAAGAAUAUGCAAGUUACUAUUGCUUUUAACCAUUUUGGUGAAGGACUUGUCCAGAGAAUGCCAAGAUGUAGACAUGGGUAUUUUCAUGUGGUGAAUAAUGAUUACACUCAUUGGAAAAUGUAUGCUAUUGGUGGAAGUGCUUCUCCUACUAUCAACAGCCAAGGCAAUAGAUUUCUUGCUCCCAAUGAUAAAUUCAGCAAAGAGAUUACAAAGCAUGAAGAUGCACCUCAAGGCAAGUGGAAGAAUUGGAAUUGGAGAUCAGAAGGAGACUUGUACUUAAAUGGUGCCUUCUUCACAAGAUCUGGGGCAGGAGCUUCUUCUAACUAUGCCAAGGCCUCAAGCUUGGCUGCUAGACCAUCUUCUCUUGUUAGUACAAUCACAGCUGGAGCAGGCACACUUAGGUGCAGGAAGGGCUCUCGUUGUUGAUCAUUAAUUACUUUCUUAUAAUACAUUUAUAUAUAAUUAUAAUAUAUAUAUAUAUAUAUAUUAAGGCUCCAACUUUUUGUCUAUAGUAAUCAAUAAUGGUAAAGUUUUGUGGGAAGGAAAAAAAAAAGUGAUGACUACAAAUCUACUUAAUUGUAAGUAUAAGGUAAUAGAGUUUGGACUUAUAUCUUCUUGUAUAUCAAAUUUGACUUCCAAGCUUUUUACAACCUUAGCUUGUUUCUUUCUAAAAAAUAACCCUCCAUUUAAUAUGGGGUUUGGUUGUAAGAAACAAUAGCCAAAGUGUUGAUUAUAUAUGUAUUCUUUUUUUUUUCCUUUCUUUUUCUCUUGUUGAAGAACAAUGUUUCAUUGAAUUAAUGCCUUCAUAUAUACUUCUGGGGUUGUGUUGAUUA